UUUAAUUUUGCCAUGUCCUUUUCUCUUUUAUAGGUCAUAAAGAUGGGUUUGGAGGAGAAUGUUUUUGUGGGCACUUCUGUUGUCGACAUGUAUUGCAAAUGUGGGAGAGUAGGGAUGGCAAGGAGAGCAUUUGACCGCAUGAAGGAGAAGAAUGUGAAAUCAUGGACUGCUAUGGUUGCUGGUUAUGGCAUGCAUGGAUGUGCCAGAGAAGCUUUGGAAGUCUUCUAUGAGAUGAUUAGCGCCAGGGUCAUACCUAAUUAUAUAACUUUUGUGUCUGUUCUAGCAGCUUGUAGCCAUGCUGGUCUAUUGGAUGAAGGCUGGCAUUGGUUUAGAACCAUGGAACACAAAUUUGGUAUAGAGCCCGGGGUGGAGCAUUAUGGGUGCAUGAUCGAUCUGCUUGGGCGUGCUGGAUUUCUUAAGGAGGCUUAUGAUUUGAUCAAAGAAAUGAAGGUGAGACCUGAUUUUGUGGUUUGGGGUUCUCUUCUUGCUGCAUGUAGAAUCCACAAGAACGUGGAGCUUGCAGAGAUUUCUGCGAGGAAAUUGUUUCAAAUAGACUCAAGUAAUUGUGGGUACUAUGUCUUGCUUUCUAACAUAUAUGCUGAUGUUGGAAGGUGGAAAGAUGUGGAAAGGAUGAGAAUAUUAAUGAAGAAUCAUGGACUGGUUAAACCACCUGGGUUCAGUUUGGUUGAAGUUAAAGGUGGGGUUCAUGUAUUUUUGGUUGGAGAUAGAGAGCAUCCUCAGCAUGAGAAGAUAUACAAAUACUUGGAAGAAUUAACUCUGAAGAUGCAGGAAAUUGGUUAUGUUCCCAAUAUGACAUCAGUUCUUCAUGAUGUUGAUGAGGAAGAGAAGGAAAUGACACUGCGAGUUCAUAGUGAAAAGUUGGCUGUUGCCUUUGGAAUAAUGAGUACAGUUCCUGGCACAACGGUUCAGAUCAUUAAGAACCUCAGGGUUUGUAGUGACUGUCACACUGCUAUUAGGUUGAUUUCCAAGAUUGUUAACCAUGAAAUUGUAGUCAGAGAUUCAAAACGAUUUCACCAUUUUAGGGAUGGGAUAUGUUCCUGUAGGGAUUAUUGGUGAUAUUUGAACAAGAAUAGGAUAAUUUAUGCAAAUGUUUAACUGCAAACUGUUGAUCAUUCUUGACCUCUUCAACAGAAUUGUUGACAGGGAACUGUUUUGAAGACAAUUUUGCACCAUGAUGAGAUGCCAGGUAUAUUUGUCCAAAAAGACGUUUCAAAUGAAUUGUUUUUUGGUUGAGGUAUACUGUAGAAGAAUGAAAAGGAAAAAGUGAAAGGAAAUGAAAGAGAAGCAGCAAUUCAGUUCCUCAAUUUAAUAGGAGUCAUAAAAAACUUGUAUUGGCAUUUCUUUCAAAUAUUCUGGAUAGAAGUUGGAUUUUAAAUGGAUUGGCUACAUUGUCUUGUGGGGAGUUGAGGCUGACACUGAAGGCAUAUGUAAAAGGGUUUGGUCUGCGUAUCAGCAGUGUUCAAAUUGCUCAGGUGAAAUGUUGGACUUGACAUGCCAUCCAUCUUGACUUUAUCAGAGCUAUGAUUUCCAGUAUGGCUUUCACUGGCUUAUCUAUCUCUACAAAUAUUUCACAAUUUCAAAGGUUAGUGAAAUAGAACAGAACUCGGUAUUAAGUAUUUUUGUUGGAGGAAUUCUCUUUUUUGAUUGAUUGAUUGAUUUAUUUAUUUAUUGAUGUUUUUGUUCAAUUUUUACUGGGCAGGCAAAUAUAUAAAUGAAUAUAAUUACCAUUGUGGGAGAACAGUUUUUAACACCUACUAUAUUGAUGUUGUUGGCCUUCUCUAAUCAUUUUAGUGUACAUCUAAAACUUUUCAGUGGGUAAGUCACGCGUGUGUGCAUCAGUGCAUGUGUGUUUGGACAAGUGGGAGAGGAGAGUGAGAGAUACCACCUGAUAAGAGUUGUCUGAAGCCAUUGAGAAUGGUGGGGGACUAAGUCUAUGAGGGCUAUCCAAGCCCCAUGAGACAGAAGUUGACCACAACUACAAGAAUAGUCUAUGUGGUAUGGACCACCACCAGGCCUUGCAAAAAGACAGAUACCACCGGCCUACUUCCUCCAUAGAUCCUUGGGUUGACCUCCCACACUCCUUACUUUUUAAUAAUAAUAAAGCAGAGAGUCUUGUUGUUCCGAGAAUAGGGGCGGCGGACCCAACUUAA